GCUGUCUGUGUUAUAAGCCCGCCCAUCAGGCCCUUGCACAGAGUUAGCUGGCUCAGCAAGGUAAGCGCAACAGAAACUCGGGUGUGCUUGGAAACUACUGCGAAGAUGGUUGUAAAAGCUGUCUGUGUGUUGAAAGGAGCUGGAGAGACCAGCGGGACCGUUUAUUUUGAGCAGGAGGACGGUUCAGCCCCUGUAAAGCUGACAGGAGAAAUCAAAGGCCUUACUCCUGGUGAGCAUGGGUUCCAUGUCCAUGCUUUUGGGGACAAUACAAACGGGUGCAUCAGUGCAGGCCCUCACUUCAAUCCCCACAACAAGACUCAUGCUGGUCCUAAGGAUGAAGAGAGGCACGUUGGAGACUUGGGCAAUGUGACUGCAGGAGGAGAUAAUGUUGCUAAGAUAGACAUCACAGAUAAGAUAAUCACCCUCACUGGCCCAUACUCAAUCAUUGGCAGAACCAUGGUGAUCCAUGAGAAGGCAGAUGACCUGGGAAAAGGAGGCAAUGAGGAAAGCCUAAAGACGGGCAAUGCUGGUGGACGUCUGGCUUGUGGUGUCAUUGGCAUCGCAGAGUAAACUCUGCCAGAUCAUGCAGCACUGGAAACAACUUUUCCCCACAGCACUUAAUAAGACCAAGCUACCUAAUGUGACAGUGUGUCGUUUGCAGUACUCUAUGGCUUUUUAUUGAUAGGUCUAGAGAGUAGAUGAGCCAGGCUUUACCUUGUCCGUUCCUCGUGACACUUGUAUGUAUGGGUUUAUAUGUCUGCUGAUUAGUUUUGGUCCCAAAGAAUUUGUAACACACAAGUAAUAAAUGGAUGUGUACAAUUUA